AUGUCACCUUCAAACACAAACCUCACCCCACCCUCACAACAACCCGAGAAGAAACAAUCCAUCGACCGACUACAACAGCUAAACGCACAGAUGGGCUCGAUCGAUUCACACGCGGACGUCUCUGCGUUCGGCGACAAGAAUGUCGUCCCACAAGCGCCAGAGGACCCAAUGUUCGGGUUGAUGGCAGCAUACCGUAGGGACGAGGACCCAAACAAGGUGGACUUGGGCAUUGGAGCGUACAGAGACAACAGCGGCAAGCCGUGGAUCCUGCCCGUGGUGAAGCAGGCCGACGAACUCCUCCGCCGCGACCCCAACCUCAACCACGAAUACCUCCCCAUCUCCGGCCUGGCCGACUUCACCGCCGCCUCGCAAAAGCUGGUCUUCGGCGAGAAAUCCCCCGUCGUCACCGAAAAGCGCGCCGUCUCCUACCAAACCAUCUCCGGCACAGGCGCCCUGCACCUCGGCGGCCUGUUCCUCUCCAAAUUCUACAACCCGCCCAAUGCAGAAGCCAAAACCAUCUACCUCAGCAACCCCACCUGGGCCAACCACAACCAAGUCUUCGGCAACGUCUCCAUCCCCACCAAAACCUACCCGUACUUCUCCCGCGAGACCUGCUCCCUCGACUUCGACGGCAUGAUGUCCACCCUCAAAUCCGCCCCGUCCGGCGCCAUCAUUCUCCUCCACGCCUGCGCCCACAACCCCACCGGCGUCGACCCCACGCAGGACCAAUGGAAGCAAAUCGCCGCCGUCAUGAAAGAGCGCCACCUCUUCCCCUUCUUCGACACCGCGUACCAAGGAUUCGCCUCCGGCUCGCUGUCUAGAGACGGCUGGGCCAUCAACUACUUCGUCGAGCAGGGCUUCGAGCUCCUCGUCGCCCAAUCCUACGCCAAGAACUUCGGCCUCUACGGCGAGCGCGCGGGGUGCUUCCACUUCGUCACUGCGCCCUCCCAGAACGCCCAAGACACCGUCUCCCGCGUCGGCUCCCAGCUCGCCAUCCUGCAACGCAGCGAAAUCUCCAACCCGCCUGCCUACGGCGCUCGUAUCGCGUCGAUGGUGCUCAACGACCCCAAGCUCUUCGCGCAAUGGGAGGAGGACCUGCGCACGAUGAGCGGCCGCAUCAUCGAGAUGCGCAAGGCGUUGCGGGGCAAACUUGAAGAGCUCGGGACGCCUGGCACGUGGAACCACAUCACGGACCAGAUUGGGAUGUUCUCGUUCACGGGGCUGGACGAGCAGCAGGUGGGGGUGUUGCGGGAGAAGUGGCAUGUGUAUAUGACGAAGAAUGGGCGGAUCAGUAUGGCCGGGUUGAACACGGGGAAUGUGGGGUAUUUUGCUAAGGGGGUGGAUGCUGUGGUUAGGGAGACGAAGUAG